UAUUUCUUCUGCUUAGAAAAUUUGUAUCAGCAAUCACAGGAAAGGACAAAGGAACCUAGACAAAGACAGGGUGAGAGGCUGUGGGAGGGCAGUUGCAGAAAUACCGUGAGCUCCUUGAUGCCAUGCUUAUAAUAACUCCAAGGACACUGGAGAUUUUGAUUGCUUUUCUUAAGGAUUAACUUAUAUUUGGAAAUCAAGUGCAAUAUUAAAAGGAAAGCAAACCUCACUGCAUUGUUGGAAGCCAUUUCUACUAAUUAUUUUAGAUUUUAAAGUUUAUGAUUUGAUUUGAAUACUAUCAUGGGAGGAGCUGUGAGUGCUGGGGAAGAUAAUGAUGACCUAAUUGAUAACUUAAAAGAAGCUCAGUAUAUCCGCACUGAAAGAGUGGAGCAAGCCUUCAGAGCGAUUGAUCGUGGAGAUUAUUAUCUGGAAGGCUACAGAGACAAUGCUUAUAAAGACUUAGCCUGGAAGCAUGGAAACAUACACUUGUCAGCACCUUGCAUUUAUUCUGAAGUUAUGGAGGCAUUGAAACUUCAACCAGGAUUGUCUUUUCUUAACCUGGGAAGUGGAACCGGAUAUUUAAGUACAAUGGUGGGCUUAAUUUUAGGUCCUUUUGGAGUAAAUCAUGGGAUUGAGCUUCAUUCAGAUGUGGUGGAGUAUGCCAAGGAAAAACUGGAGAGCUUCAUCAAAAACAGUGAUAGCUUUGAUAAAUUUGAGUUCUGUGAACCAGCAUUUGUGGUCGGUAAUUGCCUCCAGAUAGCAUCUGACAGUCAUCAGUAUGAUCGAAUUUAUUGUGGUGCCGGAGUCCAGAAAGACCAUGAGAACUACAUGAAGAUCUUACUGAAAGUGGGAGGCAUACUAGUCAUGCCCAUAGAAGAUCAGUUAACACAAAUUAUGCGGACUGGACAAAAUACUUGGGAAAGUAAAAAUAUCCUUGCUGUUUCAUUUGCUCCACUUGUGCAGCCAAGUAAGAAUGAUAAUGGCAAGCCUGAUUCUGUGGGACUCCCCCCCUGUGCUGUCAGGAACCUGCAGGACUUGGCCCGUAUUUACAUUCGACGCACACUUAGAAAUUUCAUAAAUGAUGAAAUGCAGGCCAAGGGAAUUCCUCAAAGGGCUCCACCCAAAAGGAAAAGAAAGAGAGUGAAACAGAGAAUUAACACGUACGUCUUUGUGGGUAAUCAGCUUAUUCCUCAGCCUCUAGACAGUGAGGAGGAUGAGAAGAUGGAAGAAGACCACAAAGAGGAGGAGGACAAAGACCACAGUGAAGCCAUAAAGCCAGAAGAGCCGCCUCAGAACUUACUGAGAGAGAAAAUCAUGAAACUACCCCUCCCUGAGUCAUUAAAAGCUUACUUGACAUAUUUUAGAGACAAGUAACUUAGAUCAAGGAGAAAGAAUA